AUGAGCUUGUCUCCUGGAACUGCCGUGCCCGUGUCCUUUACACGAGGUACAUGCAGUCAACCUAGCUUCUCAACCGUCACAGAAGCUUUCUUCCACCAUGCCGCUACACAGCCUUCGGCAGCCGCGGCACGAGAUCUAUCUGCCGAGCCGCCCGUUGAGAUAAGCUAUGGUGAGCUUGCUUCCCAGGCUAUUCGUCUAGCGAGGCGGUUGCAGAGUCUUGGUGUUUUGCCUGGUGAUCGUGUGCCGCUUGUUGUGAAGCGUGGUGUUGGUAUGCUUGUUGGUAUCGUCUCUAUCUUGUCUUGCGGUGCUCAAUAUGUUCCGCUUGAUGGUGGUGUUGUUGCGGAAGAGACGUUGAGGUUUGUGUUGAAGCAGACUGGUGGCAAGCUUGCUGUGUCUUCAAAAUCUACUUCUCAUCGCCUUGAUAACACUGGUGUUUCAAACGUUGUCGUUAUUGAGGAUGAGUAUGAGGUGGAUGAGAAGGUUGACUUUGUGCCUUUCAGUCAACCUGAGGCUGGCUGUUAUGUGAUAUAUACUUCUGGCACAACUGGUACACCAAAGGGUGUAGAUGUUAGCCACCGCAACGUUACAAAUUUGCUAUGUCAAGCACCAGGUAGCUUGGGCAUCGGACCAGGAACAUGCGUUGGUCAGGUAUUGAACGUUAGCUUUGACAUGGCUGCAUGGGAAACCCUUGGCUGUUUGACCAACGGGGGUACCUUGGUCCUUCGAGGAUCAGACUGGUCAAAAGCUUUGAAAGAGCUUGAUGUUCUCAUUUGCACACCAAGCAUUCUCUCAAAACAAAACCCCCAAGACUACCCCAGGUUGAAAACAGUGGCCACGGCAGGUGAACCAAGCUGCCAAAAACUCGCGGACCUUUGGGCUUCUCACCUCUCCUACUUCAACUGCUAUGGUCCCACAGAAACAACAAUCGUCAACACAAUGCACCCUCACACACCAAACCAACCUCUAUCAAUCGGUAAACCAACACCAGGAAACAACAUCUACAUCCUAGAUGAAUUCCUCAACCCAGUGCCCGUCGGUGAAGUCGGUAAUGUCUGGGCCGGUGGCGCGGGAGUGGCGCGAGGCUACGUCGAUUUGCCGGAUAAGACAGCUGAAAAGUUCCGCCUCGAUCCCUUCGCCCAAGACGGUUCAAUGAUGUACAACACCGGCGAUAUCUGCCAAUGGAACACAGACGGCACUCUUCACAUCCUCGGCAGGAUAGACGACCAAGUCAAAGUCAAAGGUUUCCGCGUGGAACUAGACGGUGUAGUCGCAUGCAUCAAGUCCUGCCCCUCCGUGCAAACCGCAACCGCACUCCUCAUCAACGAAGAAAUCCACGCCUUCGUAACACCCAGCCACUCUCCUGUUCCGGUCGUGGAAGCACAUCUCAAGACUCUGCAGCCUUAUUACGCCAUGCCGACGCAUUACCACCAACUUGAGAACUUGCCCAUGACCGCAAACGGUAAAGUGGAUAAGCAUGCGCUCAAGAUGUCUGUCAUGUCCAAGACUGCGGUUGUCAAGUCGCCGCAGCCUGCUGUGUUGGCGCAUGCUAGGAUGGACUCGAAUGCUUCGAGUGCUACGCAAUUCAGUUCCUUCUCGGAUGCUUCCGAUGCGACGCUCAUUGCUGAGAAGGAGUUUGAUCUUGAGAAGGCUCUUCCUGAAAAGGAUCUUCCAAAACAAGCUCGAGGACUGCGCCACAGAAUCCUCAUCGUCUAUCGUCGCCUGUUCUCACUCGUUGGCCUGUUCAACAUCGGCGCUGCUAUCGCUCUGCUCCUUACGAGCAUCAACCGAGAAUGGAUGGGUAUUAUCACAGCUAUCAACCUAGCAACCGCCGUCCUCGUCCGUCAAGAAUUCGUUAUCAACGCUCUUUACACUAUCACAUGCAGCGUCCCCAAGUCUUGGCCUCUGGCCAUCAGAUCUCGCUGUGCGAAGAUCUACCAUCUUGGAGGCGUUCACUCCGGUGCGGCUGUCAGUGCGGGAGCUUGGCUUUUGGCGACCAACAUUGCAGAUAUUGCUUGUAGCUUUGGAAAUUGUCCUAACUGGGGUAAUCUUUCCAUCGCUUCGCAAGUCAUCUCUUGGAUCCUCUCGGCUAUGUUUGUCGGUAUGAUCGGUAUGGCUUGGCCAACUGUUCGCAAGCGCUACCAUGAUCUCUUCGAGAGGACUCAUCGAUUCGCUGGUUGGACUAUGCUUGCCCUCUUCUGGGUCCAAGUCGUCCUCGCAGCCAACGAUAGCAAGCCAGCUGGUACCACAUUGGGAGAGUCUUGCGUCAAGUCACCCGCUUUCUGGCUCUUGGCUGUAGCCACAGCGAGCGUCGCUUCCUCAUGGUGCUUCCUCCGCAAAGUCCCUGUCGAAGCAGAGAAGCUCUCAGACCACGCCAUCAGACUUCACUUCGAUUACACAGUCCCAGUCAACGGCUCCUUCACCCGUCUCUCCCGCGCACCCCUCAAGGAAUGGCACUCCUUCGCCACCAUUCCCGCUCCCGAAUCCAUCAAUGGCCGCUCAAAAGGUUAUUCCCUCGUCGUCUCUAACGCAGGCGACUGGACGAAAACAACCAUUGAGAACGGUCCCCAGUACAUCUGGACACGCGGCGUCCCAACAUGCGGCGUCAUGCGUAUCGCGACGUUGUUCAACCGCGUUGUCCUCAUCGCAACAGGUUCAGGUAUUGGACCUGUGCUAGGCCACAUUCAAAAUCCUUCGUGCCCUACACAACUUAUCUGGUCUACCAAGAACCCCGAAGAGACGUUUGGCAAGGAGAUCUGCGAUACUAUCGCCGAGCGCAUCCCCAACGCGGUCAUCCACGACACUAAGAAGCUCGGGAGACCUGACUUGGUGAAAAUGGGUUACAACCUGGUCAAAGCCUUCAAGGCGGAGGCCGUGGUGAUCAUCGCGAAUGAGAAGAUUACCAAGAAGAUUGUUUACGGUUUGGAAACGCGUGGCGUUCCUGCCUACGGAGCUAUCUGGGAUAGCUAA